UGCGGUAAGGUAGAACACCAAUGCAUCAGUGGGAGGUGCAUAUCGAAUAUGUUUCUCUGCGACGGUAGGAAGGACUGCCCUCUGGGAGACGACGAAAGUGAAAAAAAUUGUGUUUCUUGUCCCGAAAAUCUGUUCAGAUGUUCAGGAAAAAUAACAAUUUGUUUGGUUAGAGAGAAAAUAUGCGAUGGUGCGAGAGACUGUUACGACGGCAGUGAUGAGAAAAAUUGCGGUUGGCGUUUCGUCGUAUCACUUGCAACAACAUUCAUUUAUUGCUUUAAGAGAAAUUUUAUUUUUUGA